AUGCUUCUCAUGGAGAGUCUACCAAUACCACCAAAAGCUCUUCCAGUGACCCUACUUUCAGGCUUCUUGGGAUCUGGAAAGACCACGCUUCUUCAGCACAUUCUUCGAAGCGAGCAUGGUCUCCGCAUUGCUGUGAUUGUUAAUGACAUUGGAGCGGUGAACGUGGAUGCAAAUCUUAUUCGCAACACACAUCGUGUGACUAAGACAGAGGAAAAGGUCAUCGCCUUACAAAAUGGUUGUAUCUGCUGCACGCUUCGAGGUGACUUGCUCGAAGAACUGGUCCGCCUGGCUGAGCUUGCCGAGUUUGACUACAUUAUUGUUGAGAGCUCAGGUAUCAGCGAGCCGGAGCAAGUGGCCGAAACAUUCGACUCACGCCUUGCCGAGCAAAUCAGCCAGAUGGGUGAAGGUCCCGAAGGUCUUGACCCUGAGACUUUGGCCACACUCAAGCGGCUGAAAGAGGCUGGUGGGCUUGAGAAGUUCGCCCGCAUGGACACAACAUGCACGGUCAUUGACGCUUUCACCAUCAUGAAUGACUUCGAGACGACGGACCUACUUUCUGCUCGUCGAAACGAUGUCACACCCGAGGACGAGAGGACUGUGUCGGACCUGAUGGUUGAUCAGAUCGAGUUCGCAGAUGUCAUCGUCCUCAACAAAUGUGACAUGAUUAGCAAGAAGCAGAAAGAGAGCGUAUUGACGUUGAUCAGAAAGCUCAAUCAUAGAGCCAAGAUUAUUCAAAGCACGUAUGGCAAGAUUGACGUGAAAGAAAUUGUCAACACCGGCAUGUUCAACCUGGAAGUGGCACAGACAGGAUACGGCUGGCUACAAGAUCUGCACGCCAUGACCAUACGCGAGGUCAAUGGGAAGAAGAUGGUCACUCCCAAGCCUGAGACUGAAGAAUACAAUGUUCGCAACUUUGUCUACGUUCGACGUCGACCUUUCCAUCCUCGACGACUAUUCGCACUCCUACACGACAAGUUCAUCCUGCAGCACCCGCUCGACGAAGUAGAUGAAGAGGGCGAGGAAGAUGAAGACGAAGAGAUGGAGGAUGACGAAGAAGAGGAGGAUGACGACGAUGUCGAUAUGGAAGACCCACUUGACCUGCCAGAUCCUGCAGUGAUAUUGGAGAACAAGAAAAAGCAUCCUCUCUUUGCGCGACUGUUCCGCUCAAAAGGAGAGUACUUCCUUGCGACUCGGCCUGGCAGGGCUGGAGAAUGGAGUCAAGCAGGGGCCAUGCUCACACUCUCUGGCGGACGUCCAUGGUUCUGCACGAUUCCGCGAUCGGAGUGGGAAAGUGGAGUCAAGGAGAUCGAUGAGCUCGUCGAUCACGACAUCAGCAAGGGUGGAACUUAUGGUGACCGAAGACAAGAGCUGGUUUUUAUUGGCGAGAAGCUCGAUAUCCCAGCGAUCGAAGCGACGCUUGAUGAGUGCCUCCUCAAUGAUGAGGAAUAUGCCAAGUGGCAGGAGAUCAUGAUGCGUGGUGAGGGUCCUAAUGCGGGAUCGAAGGAGGAGCAGGCCGAGAAGGAGCAGGCCUUGGCCGAUCUUUUCGAUGACGGCUUUCCGGACUGGGAUAGUCCAGAUGGAGAAGGCGAUGAGAUGGACCACGAUCAUGCCGACAUGGCUCGUGUCGACUCGCAUCACGGCCACUCUCACCCGCAUACGAAUGGCAAGACGAAGCAUGGUGUCAGGAAAGAUGGCACAGUGUACUAGAUUUCAACUGGUAAGUGUACGCAUUGAUACUAUAAUAGACUCUCUUCCAGG